UCCCUUACAGAAUUUCCACAUAGACUGUCAGCAGAACAGGUCUAAUGGGUGUUUCGGAGGAGCAGGUUAGACUGAAGAUAAGUUUGCCAGUAAUGAUGUAGGUAGGACCAGGGAGGAGGCUCAGUGGCAGGCUGGCACCUGGGCUGUUGCCAAUAAUGUCUUGUCAGGGGUUGAUAUGAUUUGCUGUUCUCUUCCCAGUUCCCCCAGUCAUUGUGCACUGCACCCUGUGAGCCUGGAUACAGAAAGUCUCCCCAAGAAGGAAAGCCCCAUUGCUGCUAUGCCUGUGUGCAGUGUUUGGAGGGAGAGAUCUCCAAUACAAUGGACAUGGACUCCUGCCUGGCCUGCCCUGAAGAUCAUUGGUCCAACCAAAGACGAGAUCGAUGUAUCCCAAGACUUAGAGACUUUCUCUCCUAUGAAGACCCAUUAGGUGCAGCCCUGGUGUGUGUUGCACUUGUGCUGACACUAAUAACAGUGUUAGUGCUGGGGGUAUUUAUUUUAUACCGGGACACUCCUAUAGUCAGAGCCAAUAACAGGAAUCUCAGCUACAUGCUCCUCCUCUUCCUCAUGAUGUCCUUCCUCUGCCCAUUGUUAUUUAUUGGACCCCCUGACAAUCUGACCUGCCAACUUCGUCAGGUAACUUUUGGGAUUGUAUUUGCAGGAGCCGUCUCUUCUGUCCUGGCUAAAACCAUCACAGUGGUCUUAGCCUUCAAAGCCACAAAGCCGGGGAGCAAGUUAAGGAAGUGGCUGGGAAACAGAAUGUCCUUCUCUCUGGUCUUUAUCUGCUCACUGGUCCAGACUGUUAUAUGUAUCAUGUGGCUGAUCCACUCUCCACCAUUCCCAGACUAUGACACGUGGUCAGUUAAAGGGAAGAUAAUAUUACAGUGCAAUGAGGGCUCAGUCACUGCUUUCCAUAUGGUGCUGGGUUACAUGGGAUUUUUGGCAGCUCUGAGUUUCCUUGUUGCUUUUCUAGUGAGGAAGGUCCCAGACAGAUACAAUGAGGGCCAACUUAUCACCUUCAGCAUGUUGGGUUUCUGCAGUGUCUGGGUCUCCUUCAUCCCAGCCCAUCUGAGCACCAAAGGCAAAUACACUGUGGCUGUGGAGAUAUUUGCCAUCCUGGCAUCUGGGGCCGGCCUCUUGGCCAGCAUCUUUAUCCCCAAAUGUUAUAUUAUCUUGAUCAGGCCAGAACUGAACAGAAAGGACAAACUUAUCAGAGUAGACCUCUCUGUAGAAACAACAACAUGACCAUCACUUAUAUUUUUCACGCUCAUCUAAACCUCUUACACCUCUGGUUUUCUCUCUGAAUAUCUGGGAAAUUAUUAAGGUGAGAAGGACUUGGUCUGCCUAGAUGAAGUGAGCCUACUCCUUUAUAUAUACAGACUGAAAUUAUUUGAACUCCUAGCUAUUUAAUACCUCAUUCUCUUUGGCUGUUUGUAGGUUCUCUAGGCCUGUCCAGUGUGUACAUACUGUGACUCUGAACUCCUACACUUGAUUUUGGCCUGUUAUUCUGACUACUCCUGAAACCUUCCUGCCUUUACCUGUGGCUGGACCUUAACCUCUGGAGGAACCAUGAUAUUGUUCCCAUAAGGGACCAAGGGUUUAACUAUAAAGAGAGAAGAACCUGUGACUGCCAGGGGUGCUUAGAAGUAUAGGUGGUCAGUGGGGCACUGUUUUAUUAUAUGUUAAUUCAUUAAUUGUCAUAUUACAAAAGUAUAGGGGAUCCCUAAAAGGAUUUUGUUGUGGGACCUGAUAACUUGUAGUUACAUUACUGU